CAUGAACUCCCUCGCAUGGAACAGUCUCCCCCACGAGAUGCAGCUCGCCGUCCUCGACGCCUUCCCUCCCGCUGCUCUCAACGCAUUUUCCAGGACGUGCAAAUCGGCACACGCCUUUGCCGUCCCUGCAAUGUUCAGCUCCGUCACGCUUCCAUCCUUCUCCGCCCUCGUCCAGUUCCUCGAUAACGUACCGGAGGCUUACUGGUCCCACAUCCGUGCCCUCGACAUCUCUACCAAGUUCGAGUCGGCAAUACCACCAUCUGCGGGCGCUACCCCACGCACAGACGCCCUCGUCCGCCUCCUAUCCAGGUCUCUUCGACUAGAGCGCCUUACCCUCCGUCUAUCAGGGGGUCUCGCAUCACAUGUGAUCCACUGUUUUCCCCACCUUCGCAGUCUCCGUCACCUUGAGAUAGAGAACUGCGAUGAUGAGGAGGUCUCUCCCUUGAGUGAAGACAUUAUCGUCUCUAUUGCGUCCUCCAUCCCCGCACUCUCCACCCUCCGACUCACUCGUAUCACCCGUUCCGUCCAGCACGCACCGGACCUCUAUCCCUGUCCCCGCUCCCGCUCUUCCUCACUCACAACUUCCUCCUACAUCGCAUCCGUACCCCUCGUCGCCACCAACUUCGGCUCCUUAUCCGAAACAACAUCCCUCCCAUACCUCCUCUCCAUCCCAACCCUCAAACACCUCUCUAUCCGAAACACCCACCUCGGCGACCCCACCUGGUCAUCUCCCUUCCUCCCCAUCACCUGCUCGCUCGAAUCGCUCGAGCUCGGCGCCCACCCUGACGUCUCACCUUCUCAGAACAGCACCUUCACACACUCCAUCCUCCGCCGCCUCUCCAUCUCACCCUCUGCUCCCUCACUCCGGCAUAUCACCUUCCACGCCGGCCUCGAUAACUCGAACGACAACUCGGCCAUCACCCUCCCCUCGCUCUCAUCCGUACAUUUCACGCCCCUCGUCAUACCGGAGACGAUCCAGCCGUCGUUAGACGCGUUCGCGACGUCGCCACUGUCGAAGAUCACGCUCGAGUGCUUGAAAGACGACCUCAUUGAUAUGUGCGAAGAACUCACUCGAUAUGUUGAGUCGCUGAAGGAUAGGGAGGUGACGUCCUGUUUGAUGGUCGUUGCGGUCAAAGUCGUCAAAUCGCUCGAGGGCGAUGUAUUGGCUAGAGAGAUUGAGGCGGAUGAGGGGCUCGAUGAGGAUACGAGGGAGGCUGUGGACGGGCUGGUUGCGGCGUGUGUGGACGUUAGUAUCAUCAGCUCCGUGGAUGGAAUCUAAGUCUCUUCAUCGCCUUACUCUCGCCACAUCUCCAUUCACUUUACAUACCUCACUCUCUCUUUCUCUCACACACGAUACCACCUCUCAGCUGACAUAGCAGCCCACCACUCUGAAAUGUAUUACUAUCCUCCUGAUCCGCCUUCGUGCAACGCAUCCGCCACCCACGCAAACUACCUACCCAGAUAUCCC